GGCCGCCCGGCUGGGCUUCACGCUGCCGCCGCGGAAGGUCCGCGCCGAGGUCGCCGUCGAGGCCACGGCCACGGGCGCACAGGCCUACCCCUUCGGCAUGGCGGACCCCCAGCCGCCGCAGCGCUCCCGCCAGAGGAACCUGGGCACCAGCACCAGGACCAAGCGAGCCGCCGACGACGUGUACGACGAGACCCUGCUGCCCACCAACGUGGUGCCCACCAGAUACACGGUCACCAUGGCGCCCAACCUGGCGACCGGCGUCUUCUACGGCGCCACGGACAUCUACAUCAACGUGGUGGAGGCCACCUCCCGCAUCAUCCUCCACGGCUCGCCAGACAUCACCUUCAACCGGGUGGAGAUUUUGAAGCAGAACGCGCAGGGCACUUUUGACGACAACGGCGAUGCCACCCUCCUGCGGCUGCGGCCCCAAGAGGACGCCGACCGUCUCGUCGUGGACCUGCAGAACGCGCUGGUGGCGGGCGAGCACUACCUGCUGCGCUUCCCCCUGUUCAAGGCCUACUUGAGGAACGACGGGCAGGGCUUCUUCUUGACCUCCUACGAAAACGCCAACGACCAGAGAAUUUUGCUGGCGGCGACGCAGUUCGAGGCGACGGCCGCUCGCUACGCCUUCCCGUGCUUCGACGAGCCCGCCCUCAAGGCGCGCUUCAAGAUCAUCGUGGAGCACGACCCCAGCCUCACCGCCAGGUCCAACAUGCCGGAAAUCAGUCGCAAGGCCACGGCCUUGACCAUCGUGCGCACCGAGUUCGACGACAGCCUCCCCAUGUCCACGUACCUGCUGGCCUGGGUGGUGUCCACCAUGGACAGCAUCGCCGCCACGUCCGACGCCUCCUUCACGACGUGGGGCAGGCCCAACAUGCUGGGCCAGCGGACCGUCUUCCUGGCCAACGAGGUGGGGCCCAAGGCGCUGCAGCAGCUCGCCGAGUUCACCGGCAUCCCCUACGCGCUGCCCAAGGUGGACCAGUUCGCCCUGCCGGACCUCGGCGCCGGCGCCAUGGAGAACUGGGGGCUCGUCACGUACAAGGAGGAGUACUUGCUGGAGACGGGCGUCACCACGAUCCGCGCGCGCGAGUUCAUCGGCACGAGCGUGUGCCACGAGCUGGGGCACCAGUGGGCCGGCGACCUGGUCACCCUGGACUGGUGGUCCAACACCUGGCUCAACGAGGGCUUCGCCACCUACUUCGAGAGCGUCAUCUGCGACAAGAUUUUCCCCGACUGGAAGCUGAUGGAAAAGUUCGUGGCGGACAACUUGCACGUGGCAGUGGCCACGGACGCACUGCCCGGCCAGUUAGCCAUGUCCAGCCCUGUGACCACCACGGACGCCAUAGACGAGAAGUUUGGCGUCGUCUCCUACCAGAAGGGUGGAGCCGUGCUCCUGAUGUUCGAACACAUUCUCGGCACCGAAGUGUUCAAGAAAGGGUUAAACCGCUACCUUUCCGCGAACUCGUUUAAGACGGGCUCCCCCGACGGCCUCUUCCGCGCCAUGAAUGUCGAGGCGGUGGCGGCGUCCUCCCCGCUGCCCCCGAACACGGACUUCGCCACCAUGGCCAAGACGUGGACCGAGCAGGCCGGCGUGCCCGUGGUCACCGUCACCCGCAACACGGCGCAGGGCGCAGUCACCCUCACCCAGGAGCAGUUCUUCUACGAGACCCCCGAGGACCAGCAGAAGACGCUGUGGUACGUGCCCAUCCCCGACAUCGUGAACCCCAAGACCAAGGACUGGACCAAGACGGCCCCCGUCCGCUGGCUGACCCCCGACGCCCCGACCAUCGCGGACCUCGACGUCGACGCCAGCGCCACCGAGUGGAUCGUGGUCAACCCCAGGCAAAUCGGCUACUACCUCGUCAACUACGACGCGGACAACUGGAAGCUGCUGCACCAGGCGCUGCUCAACACCCCUGACGAGCUGCACCCGUCCACGCGCACCCAGCUGGUGCACGACUCGCUGGCCAUGGCGCGCGCGGGCAAGCUGGACUACGCGACGGCACUGCCCUUCCUGCAGGCACUCAAGGCUGAGCGUUCGCCCGCCGUCUGGAAGGCCGGCAUCGAGGCGCUCACUUUCCUGCGCGACAGGCUGGCCAACACGGAGGCCGGCACCGCGCUCAAGGCCUUCAUCCAGCAGAUCACCGCCGACGCGUACGACGCCCUGGGUUUCGGCUCUUCGUCGCCGCCCGUGGUCUACACCAACGAGGACGAGGAGCGCUACCUGCGCUACCUCGUGGCCAGCCACGCGUGCUACGCCGACGGCAAGAAGUGCGUGGAGGACGCCGUCAAGGCGGUCACGUCCGUGUUCGAUGAAUUCGUCGAUCUCCCCGCCGACGUCGCGGACGCCGCGCUCUGCACCGCGGUGAGGAACUCGGACGCCUUGGCCAGGAGCGUCCUGGAGGAGUACAUGGACGUCGAGGAGCUGCCGGAGCGGAGGUCGUACGCUUUGGCCCUCGGCUGCACCCGCAACCACAACACCCUCGAGACCCUUCUCGACAACGUGCUCAACGGACGAGGCCACCCGAUACCGACUCGCGCCGACCUCCACAUGCUCGUCGACGCCAUCCUCAGUCAGCGGGACAACCACAGAUUCAUGCUCGAUUACUUCAAGAAGAACUACAUCCAAUUGAAGGAAUUCGGCGGCAGAGCCUACACCACGAGCUUGCUGAACUCUCUCAUCGAGGACAUCCGCGCGGCGGAAGAAGUGGAAGAGAUCGCGCGAUUCAUAGCGCAGGCCUACCCUGACCCCUCGUCCACGGAGAGGAGGGACACCGAGCUGCGCCUGGACCUCGCCAUGAAGGGCCUGGAGUGGCACCGCAAGUACUUCACCGAGGUAUCGCAGUGGCUGUACGCCGCCACCAACACGGGGCCCGUCACCACCACGACCACGCCGACUACGCCUACAACCCCCAUCGUGCCGCCGAGGCCAACCACUACGAGACCCCCGACGACGCCACCGACGAGGCCACCCACGGGCCCCCCCGGGCCGCCCACCACCUCCGCGCCCCAGCCGCAGCCCACCACCGCGCGCCCGAACAGCGCGAGCACGGCGAACGGCGUGGCCAGCCUGGUGGCCACCGUCCUGCUCGCACUCACGCUGCGGACAGCGGGAUGCUGCUAGCGGCGGAAAAUCAGUUAAUUUAUUGAGUAGCCACGGAUUAAUAAGUUAAUUUAUUGAGUAGCCACGAAAUAAUUAGUUAAUUUAUUUAGUAGUCACGAAACUGUUUGUAAAGCCGUGAAUGUCUCCAUGGUAAAGUAAGAUUGUGUGAUUAAAUGGGAGUACAAUCCACAGUGUUCA